UGAAAGUGGCUCCAGAACAUCCAGAUGUUUUGUGAAGUUGAGCAGGAGACCUGAGGCUGCUCUUGACACUUUGAGGACUGAAGAGGGAAGACGGAUCUUGUUUUAAUUCCCCAAGCAUUUGCGUCCCCCACCCCCUUUCAUCUAUUCCAGUACUGUCUGGAUAAACGGAUAUGCUCAGGGAGUAGAGGUUCAGUUUGGGCUGCAGCAGUGCUAAGUGUUAUCAUUAUCAUUAUUAUUAAUUGUCAUUGUUAUUUUACACGGUAGUGAUUUCAGGAGCAGGCAGAUUGGAUUCCACGGCCCCCUGCAGUAUGAGAGAGGACCUGGCCUGCCCCGACUCCCCGGAGGGGGGUCUGGUUGUCAGCGAGGACGAGCUGCAGAAGAAGUGCGGCGGCAGGAAGAGGAUCCCGCACACCAAGAAGGACAGCGAGGACGGAGGGAGCCCCAAUCCCAUCCCGGCGGGGCCCAAGCGCCCCAAGAAGAGCCCCGUGGACACGGGGCCCCCGCAGUCCUUCGAAGACCUGCACACCCAGCGCGUGAUCGCCAACGUGCGGGAGCGGCAGCGCACCCAGUCCCUGAACGACGCCUUCGCCUCCCUGCGCAAGAUCAUCCCCACCCUGCCCUCCGACAAGCUCAGCAAGAUCCAGAUCCUCAAGCUGGCCUCUCGCUACAUCGACUUCCUGUACCAGGUGCUGCAGAGCGACGAGAUGGACAGCAAGCUGGCCAGCUGCAACUACCUGGCCCACGAGCGGCUCAGCUACGCCUUCUCCGUGUGGAGGAUGGAGGGAGCCUGGUCCAUGUCUGCCUCGCACUAGCCAGCCAGCCAGCCAGGGACUGACAGUCAGCAGCUGGAAUCGUCUUUCAAGAGGAGACCGUUACCAUCUGCCUCUGAGCAAGGGACAAACUUUGAAUAAAAAAAUAAAAAAAACAUCAUAAUAAAAAAUAUAUUGUACAUAAUCUUGUACAGAAGCGAACAGUUUAAUAUUAGUGUAAAAUCUCAAGCUUUGAUGAUGAUGAUGAUGAUGAAGAUUUUCCUGGUGUAGAAUAAUUUCCGUCCAACCCCAGAUAAAAUGGAUAGAUGGAUGGAUGAAAAUAAUCGGGAGAGAGAGAGAGAGAGAGAGAGAGAGAGAGAGAGAGAGAGAGAGAGAGAGAGAGAGAGAGAGAGAGAGAGAGAGAGAUGUGCCCGCAACUCCAGAACACGACUGAGGGUUCUGUUUCUAUGGACGCUUGCCUCGACUCCACGGCAACAAACCAUGCAGGCGGGAGGGUUAAGAAGCCUCUUCCCUUCACUCGGAUUGGUUAACCUGUAAAUAGAACCCUUUCCUUCUGAUUGGUUAAAACAGAAGAGUUUUAAAAAUCUUUGGUGUUAAAGCACUAGUACCAGAUACACCAGCUGAUCAGAUUCCUGACUCCUCACCAAGAAGACGUCCCUUGAAUCAGCUUUGCAGAGGGGCUCCCGGGACCACUUUCAAAGGCAGAGCAGUCUGCUGAACUUGGGAGAGGGAGAAGGGGGAGAAAAUUUGACUUUUGACUUUUUAUUAUGCUAACAAAUAAAAAAAAUAAAUUAAAGAAAGAAAAAAAAAGUUGAUUUACUAAGCUAUUUAUAUAUACAAAGGCAUCUUUUAAUCUGCGAGCAAAUGGAGAGUUCAGCUUCAACGACUCGGUAUCACUGGAACUGUAUGCUAACCCAAACUGGAAUCCGGCCGGUCCUUUCCAGCCCUGCGUUUCAUAUCCCUGACCUGGAUACCCUGCGGACUGACUCACUGCAACGCGAAAGCACCCGAGAACUAGAACAGUGAUCAUGUGGUGCACAAGCAGAAGCAAUGUUCAGUGUGAGAGACAGAACAAAACACAUUUUAGGGUUAGGGUUGGUGCUCGCUCGCUUUGGCUUGCGUGCGGAUCAGCAAUUUUUUUUUUUUUUAAAUAAUGAAUUGCAUUUUGUCCUCCCUUUCAAGGUGUCACUGGUUGCCUUUGACUGCGAUUUGGGUAUUUUAAUUAAAAACAUAAAGGGGGGGGGGAGGAAGAGAAUGUUAUAUAAUGUUAUACAAGCUGUGAGACAAAUGAAAGCAAAAGUAGAAAACUUUUUAGACACAAAAAAAAAAAAACAGUGAUGGUGAUAUCUCUCACACACUGAGUGCAGACUGCAAACUAAAAUAAACAGUCUAUAUUACACUAUAAUGUUUAGUAUAUAGGUAGUAUAUUGCAUGGCAUUUUGUUUCUGUCAUUCUGCUGUACUCUAUAGAUCUGCUAGUCAAGACAAGCAAUAACACCUUUAUGGCAAACCUGUUUUUAUUUUUUGCUCAUCCGUACUUGACAUCAUAGCGUUCUGCAGCCACACUCUAACAAGUACAUUAUGUUGCAAUAACUUCUUGUUUUCUGCAGUCUGUAUUGUAACUUAAACCACUUUGUAAUGCUCCAGCAAAGGCUGCCUGGACUCACUCGAACCGCUCGCUGCCCCAAACCCUUCAACCCAGCUUACUGGCAUCUUAAUCAGGUGGUGUUUGCGAUCUGCAUUGUAAAAGUGUUUCUAAUAAGACCUGCUUGAGUUAUUUACGAGUUUCCUGAUCGUGUUGCGUGCUCCGUUUACAUGAGCGCUGCUAUAACCCUACACCUUAUAAUCCUCAGUGCUCUCUGUGAAAGGAGAGUCCACCCGUAAUGCAACCAAACUAGAGUUACGAAAAUAAGAGGAGUUCAGAGCCUUCAGGAACAACGUCCCUCUUCUGGAUUGCAUGCAGUGCAGAGACACAAGCCCUCCCUUACCCCCCCUGUGACCUGCGUGCCACACUGCUAUACUUGCAGCUGUAAGAGGUUAUAUAUAGUGCAGCUCUGGUAUAACUCAGGAUGCAAAACAGAAAUGGAAAAAUGUUUGACUUGUGUACUGCUAUGUUCAAUUACAGGUUCAUAAGCCGCCUUAAGCAUUUAAAAGCUUUUUUUUGUUUUGUUUUUUAAAUCAGCCUGCUUGGUUUUGUACCUCUGCCAGUUUUCUGUUCCUUUUCACGAGUGUGCUGUUCUGUAUAAGCCUGCAGUGUCUGGGGGAGCUUCGUGUGAGUCUGUGUGCUUCUCUCUGGAGGGCUGCUCUAGCCUCUCCUCUCAGAGGACUGCAGGCUGUGCUCCCUGCAUCUGCUUGUGGUAAUAAAAAAUAACCUGUGUUUGCCUGCAACCCCGUGUCUCCGUUUGUGGAUCUGAUCUGCUUGCCCAGAAAGACAACAGAUUUCCAGCCCUCUCUUCCAGUGUCGGUCCGCAAGUCAUAGUGCAGAAUACAAUAAAGCGAACGGGUCAUUAAUGUCACCGCCUUUAGGAGGCGACUACACCUUUUAAAGAAAAAAACAAACAUAAAUGAACUGCAUUUGAUACAUAUGACCACCAGGGGGCAUGCUUCCCAUUAACAAAAAAAAAGAGUCUUGCACUAGUUCAGCGUAAAGCGACAGACGACAUGUAAUAUGAAUUGUUUAGUGUUUAAAAUGUAACAAACCAUGUUUGUUUUCCUUCUGCUCUAAAUAAGCGUUGUGCAAUUGAGCCGUGAGCCACAUUCGCCCGAUGAACACAGCGUGCUGUCACAUUUUUAGAGAGUUUGCUCUCAGGUGUGCUGAAUUGCACCGCGGCGCCGAUCCACAGGUGUAUCGAGGUGUCUCGUGGCCCCGCCCCCUCCCAGGUAGCGGGCGGCGAGAUGGCGGCGAGAGCAACUUGAUCUGAAUCUGGAGAGCGCGUUCGUGUUUAAACUGGGAUUUCUAAGAAGAUAGGCCACGGGACGAGCGUGUCGUUAGCUUCCCCAUCGGGGGUCCUGGUUUAUUUUGCCGAGGCCAGAGUUUGGAUACAGCCUGCCUGUGUUUGUUCUCGACACCUGGCGGCAUGUCAAUUUACCGUGAAUGUUAACUUCGUUUGGACUUUACGUUGAAAAGAUGCUGUGAGGGAAGCAUGAAGACCCGGUUCUCAGGAGGGGGACCCUGCAACAGGACGGAAUGCAUGGAUACCGAGUGUAGUGCUUAAGGGCAAUGGUUUAUCCCCGGCACCCCAUCACCCCAUCACCCCAUCACCCCGGGCUGCAUCUGUAUGGUGGCACAUGAAGCGCGCAUCCGCAGGACAGCUCGACUCCGGUCCCCAGCACUGAUGCACAUCAUUAGAUCUGCGGUUCUGCCUCGUUUAAAGGCAGUCUUGUUGGAUGAGUCAUAGAAACCGUUCUUGUGACUUUUUCCUCUGGAAAGCCAGCGUUUCAACCAGACGCAUGUGCUGCGUGUGUUGUGUAAACCAGUAUCUGUGCUUCAGUACGCUGUGUAGCGUUCGAUUUGUUAACUUGAGUUGGCGAUUUCUUUUUUUUCAUGUAAGCUGGAUGAGUGACGGGAUCUUGUGCCCUGGACUGUUUAACUUUCCCUUAAGUAAUCGGCAGUCUGUGAAACCACCAGUUCACGUUUUAACAGUUAAAAAAACAAACAUCUGAUUUAUUCAAUUGCAGACUUUAAAAGCUUGUUAUUUACAUCUUCUUGUGCUUAUAUAACUGCCUUGUAAUGCAUUGUAUAAAUCUGUGUGCAUUGUACGUAAUAAAGGCUUGACAUUUAAA